AUGGUUGACUGGGAUUACGACUAUCUGAUCAAGCUGCUGGCCCUGGGAGACUCGGGGGUGGGGAAGACCACCUUCCUCUACAGGUACACGGACAGCAAGUUCAACAGAAGGUUCACAACCACUGUGGGGAUUGACUUCAGGGAGAAGAGAGUGGUGUACACAGGAACCGGUGCAGACGGGACCAGUGAGAGGAACUUCAGAGUCCACCUUCAGCUCUGGGACACCGCAGGUCAGGAGAGGUUCCGCAGCCUCACAACAGCGUUCUUUAGAGAUGCGAUGGGCUUCCUGGUGAUGUUUGACUUGACCAAUCAGCAAAGUUUCCUUAAUGUCAGGAACUGGAUGAAUCAGCUACAGGCCAACGCCUACUGUGACAGUCCAGAUGUGGUUCUGGUGGGCACCAAGGCUGACCUCAGAGACACGAGGGACGUUCACAACAAACAGGCCAAGGAUCUGGCUGACAGAUACGGCAUCCCUUACUUUGAGACGAGUGCAAUGACGGGUGUUGACGUAGACUCAGCGGUGACCAUGCUGUUAAACCUGGUGAUGAAGAGGAUGGAGCGGAGCGCUUACGGGGCCCAUGGCUCUGAACCCAACGGCACCCCCACAGCCAGCCAUGAGGUGGAGGAGGCCCCCGUCAGGAGGUGGUGCUCCUGUUGAUUUCACGGCCAGAGUCAGCGCAGCAGAAAAAGACUUCAGAACUGCAAACAUCUGAAUCUGGUGCUGAUUAUCCAUCUAGUCAAAGUAAUUGUUGUAUUAACCAGUGUAGUUAUUAUUACUGUGUACAUAAACUAUAAUUAUUACCUCUGUUUCUUUUCAUUGUAACAAGUAAAGUUCCUGCAUUUAUUAGCAGAAAUAAACUACACUGAAAUUCAA